AUAUCGCUGGCAGCCAAAGAUUGCUGUGGUUGCAGAGAUUAGGCUGCUGGGUUGAAACCGCUGCCUAAUGUUUUGCUGGAUGUCAAAUACCGUGUUUUUUUCAGCUGCAGUCGCGACAGACGGAGGCUUCAGUUUCCUGUCGACUCUGCGCCUGUUUGUGUUGAUGAAAGGCUGCAUCGCGCUAACGCGUUAGCUUACCAAAAAUCACAGUUUUAAUGUAAAUGGGAGCAAUUAAAUAGCUCGACGGGCAGCUAUGUGCCAUCUAACGGUCUCUUCACUUGACUGAGGAUGGAAACAUUAUUUCGGGUGACGCUAUCAGACAAGUUACACGUCGGAUACAUCGCACCCGUGGACAUUAUCUUCAGAGGAUAACCUGGAUAACCUUACACGAAAUGUCAUAGCGCUUAAGUAGCUAGCACUUAGCUAGCUCGGUAAUGGCUGGACGAGAUGGAGAAGGACCUAAUGUUAUCAUCAGCAGCCGACCAUGAACAGCUGGAUGGAUAGCUAAAGAAAUACUUUCUCCGGAGAUGCUUUAGCCUCCUGGGUGGUGUAAUUCACUUACAUAACAGCUAGUCGCAACCGCUCUAGCUAUCACCAACUGGCUUGUGUUGGCAAGCAAAUGGGAAAUUUGCCACCAAAAAUCUGGGUUGUCUCAACAUCAUAAGUGACAGAGGCAUCACUGCAUGUUCUGAGGCUGCAAAUAGACUUUACUUGAAGCGUCGGGUUCGUCACAAUCCGACUUGCAUUAUCUGAUCAGUGCAAUAAUAAUUGAGUGCACGGGAAAACAGUCAUCUUUGACUGAAAAUACUCCUCCUGUCAUUUCGACAUCAUGAGGAAGUUCUUUGAUUCUCGUCGGGAGUUGGUGAGCUCUGGGCCUGGCUCUGGAGGAGGAGGUGGCAGCUCCGGGUCCAGUCAUGCAGGCGGAAAUUUCAUUGGCAGAGCCUUCACUGUCGGCCGGCACCAAGUCACUGUUGAGGAGAUAAUUGCUGAAGGUGGCUUUGCAAUCGUGUUCCUCGUGCGAACAAAUCAAGGGGUGCGUUGCGCCCUGAAGAGGAUGUAUGUCAACAAUGAGUAUGAUCUGCAGGUGUGCAAAUGCGAGAUUCAAAUCAUGAAAGACCUUGUCGGUCACAAGAAUAUUGUUGGUUAUCUUGACUCCAGUAUUACGGCAAUGGGAUCGAGGGAUGUAUGGGAGGUCUUCAUACUUAUGGACUUCUGCAAAGGGGGGCAGGUGGUCAAUUUGAUGAAUCAAAGGCUGCAGACCGGCUUCACCGAGGCCGAGGUGCUGCAGAUCUUUUGCGACACCUGUGAGGCUGUCUCUCGCCUGCACCAGCGCAAGACACCCAUCAUCCACAGAGACCUUAAGGUGGAGAACAUCCUCCUGCAUGACAAGGGACAUUAUGUGCUGUGUGACUUUGGCAGCGCUACGAACAAGUUCCAGAGCCCGCAGACUGAAGGAGUGGCCGCGGUGGAGGAAGAGAUCAAAAAGUACACCACUUUAUCAUAUCGGGCCCCAGAGAUGGUGAACCUCUACAAUAACAAGAUUAUCACUACAAAAGCAGAUGUGUGGGCGCUGGGCUGUUUGCUGUACAAACUGUGCUUCUUCACUCUGCCUUUUGGUGAAAGCCAGGUGGCCAUCUGCGAUGGCAGUUUCACCAUUCCAGACAACUCCCGCUACUCUUAUGAUCUUCACUGCCUCAUUCGGUACAUGCUGGAGCCAGACCCAGACAAAAGACCAGAUAUCUACCAGGUGUCCUACUUUGCUUUUAAACUAGCUCAGCGGACCUGCCCUGUUCAGAAUGUGAAGAAUUCUCCGAUUCCUUCUAAACUUCCUGAGCCAGUCAAAGCGAGUGAGGCUGCAGCAGCAAAGAAGAGCCAGAAUAAACCCAGACUGACAGAUCCAAUUCCCACCACUGAAACCUCCAUCACCCCUCGCCAGAGGCCCAAAGCAGCCCAUACCCAGCCUGCGGCUGGCAUCCUACCCAUCCAGCCUGCUGCUCUCACCCCUCGGAAGCGUGCUAAUCUCCCCGGUGGUGCAGCUCAGCCUGUGGGAGUCAGCUUAAACCUCUCCCAGCCAGCUGCAGCUCUGCAGUCACAGAAGGCGCAGACUUCAGCUCUGCCACUCGUCCAGUCACAAAACAAUUCAUGUCAGGCUGCGGCUCCCCAGAAGCAGCCUGUGCAGCCAGCAGCAGCUUCAGGAGCAGAGACUACAACAACUGCAGCAGCAGCAGUCGUGUCACCAGUGACCAAGGCUGACGUCCAACCACAAGCACAGCCAGUAGUUCAGCAACAGACCACACCUCCCUCUGCGGCCAGCGCCACCUCCCAGCAGGGAGCUCAGACUCCAUCGAGCCCCGCCCCUCCUCAACGCCCGGCUCGACGCAAGCAGGCUCAGCAGACAGCGGCUCAGCCUUCACCCAGCAAACCAGCCUCUGGUCAACUGCCUGUAUCUCAGCCAGCAGCUGCUCAGGCUUCACCCGCCUCUACUGAGAUCAGCCAGAAAGCAGCUGAGACGACUCCACCUGCUUCUCCAAAGCCAACUGAAGAACGAGGCCACCAACGCACACCGAGUGACGCUGCAGUGAGCAGCGUUGCUGGAGUUCCGGUGAGCGACUCCUCACAGCAGCCACAAGGAGCUAAUGGAGACGCUGCCCUCAUCCAAUCAUUUACAUCUCAAACUGGCACCGCCCAGCUUGUUCAGCUCGGUGUUGAUGAUGCAGCCCAGGACCAAACCAAAGCUGGAGCCACUGCUCCUGUGUCCAGCGAUGCCACCAACACCCCCACACAGCCUGCGUGGAACCCAUUUGAUGAUGACAACUUUUCAAACCUCUCUGCAGAGGAAUUCAAAACUGAGGACAAAAAGCCUACUGACCUAACUUCAGAAAUUGAUGCAUCAUCCUCUGAGGCAUUGAUACCAGGCCUGCAGGCCUCAUCUGUGGAUAAUACACCCCAAGAUACUGUAGAAAAACCAUCGACCAUUCUUAAUGUGGAUUCGGGAUCGUCACUGUUGGUUGUCCCAGAUCCUUUCGGUCUCGAACUGUCUGAUGCACCAGAGAAGCUCAUUGAAGGACUCAAAUCUCCAGACACGUCUUCACUCAUGCUCCCUGACCUCUUGUCAUUGUCUGAUCCCUUCGGUGGCUCUGUGGAGGAGUCUGCAAAAGACCCUCUCACUGCAGAGGACUCCCUCCUGGGCUGCUCUCUGAUCUCUGGUCCAUCUGCCCCUCCGCCAGCGAGCAGUGCCACCUCCUCUGUCUCCUCUGCUCCCACCUCGGCUGCCUCUGCUUUGGAUGAUUUCAGCCUGUUGUCUGGGGACUGCGCACAGCCAAUAGCCGACUCAUCUCUUCUGAUCUCAGACUUUGAGCCGCAGCAGGCCACUGCAGAGGCCGGCACAGAGGACGAGUUUGAUCCGAUUCCCGUCACGGGCCGAAAGAACUCCCAAGACCUGCAGAGGGAGCUCAACAGUAAUGCACUGCGAGCCGCUCGGACUGUGGCUUCUGUGCAGCCCACUGAGGAGAAUCAGAGGCCGAGGAUCCAGCAGACUGCUGAUUGUGUAUAUAAUAAACACAUGUUGCCACCAGAUGAGAGGAGCGUACCACACCACCAUCUGAUACCAGCUGCAUCCACCAGCCUGCCUUUUAUACCUGUGAACCAAGUAUCCCAGUUCCAGCCCCCAAACAGCCCGGUCACUUCUGAUGUCUUCCAGCUGGCCCCUUUCAAAACGCCAGGAAAAGAAACCAAGAUGGCAUUCAGCAGCACCUCCUUUUCUACAUGUCAUAAACCUGUUGAGACCUCAGAUGUUUUCCUCCAGGCACCGUUUGGAAAGAGGCAGGAAAACACCAAAGCCGGCCCUAGUAACACCCACAUAUUUCAGUCUGGUACACAACAGAUUCAAACCAGCAAACGGUGUCACCUGGUUCCAGUGUCAUCACCUCCUGGUCCCCGGGCCCCUCUUCUGCACACAGAGACGCCUCUGCUCCAGCAGCCGGUGGCAGUGCACCGGGUCGUCUCCAGGAUCGGUCAGCAGGCUGCUGUUGGGUCGGUAGCUGUGGGGCCUCUGCAUUCCUGGAGCAUCGGGGGAAGACCUCUGGAUGACCCGUUCACUGCUGCACCUUUCCAGCCAAGAUGCUCUCAGGGGAAACCUUGAUUUAUACCAUCAUCUCCUAAAAUACGCCAAGACAGAGCUUUUUUCUCUAACUUAAGAAGCAGGCAAAGCAGACUUCAGUGGCAGUAUUAACCAAAUACCUAAUGUAGCUUUACUCUUGUUAUUACUGCAGUAUUAAAAUGAGUAAAUUAUCCUUUAACCAGUUAUGUGCUUGUUUAAACUUAAUGUUCUACCUCAGUCAUGUGAUUUGCUUUCAGUCCAAGUACAGCAGUGCACCAUUUCAGCACUUUACAAACAGUUUGAGCUUGGACUGAGGGAAGUUUAAGGAUUGGUCCUUUUUAAGCUCAAUUAAGGACAUCAAAAAGGGUUUUGUUAAAGGCCUAAUCAUUUUUAGUCAAAUAAUGAAGAAAAAGCAUUUAGUGUGUUUCAAGCUUGUCGUAUUUUUUAAAAAAAGGUCUGCAUUACUCAGUCCUUUACAAACAUUGCAGUUUUAUUAUUUACUGAUGCUGUAAUAUUAGAAAACAUUAAUAGCUUAGAGAUAAAGUUGCUGUUUUCAGUUUUAGUCUUUUAUUAGAAACAUGUCAGUCAGUUUGGCAGUGAUUGCAGUUAUUUCUAGCUGUUUACCCUUUUGUUUACAUUUCAGUUACUAAUUGUGCCUAUGAUGUACUCGUCGAGUUAUUUUUCCAAAAUGGUUGCAGGCUUCUACUCAGUAUUCAGCAUAGAUGCUGUAAGAGAUACCAGACUUUCUGCUGCAAGCCAAAGAAAAUGUUAGAAAUGUAUAGACAUAAUGUGAAACAUGUUUCACACAGUUUGAGGACAUAAAAUAUUCUUGCAGUUAUUACUUUCAUAUCAAGCACUGUAAACUCUUUAUAAAGAUCUUCAUAAAAGACAGGCAAGUUACAUAAAAUACCAAAUGGAUGAUCUAGAAAUAGGUAGAGAGUCGCCCUGGAACCAGUAUGAUUUUGAGAUUUGAAAGGACUUUGAUUUCAAGCUCCAUUUACCUGCUUUACUGCUUAAUUGUUUGCAGGUUGGUGUUGCUAUUUUCCAACAAACAGCACCAGUGUUAAUGGACCCUUAUAGUUCUCUUAAAAGGGUUUUUAACAUGCUAAUGUUGUUUGUCUUUGGUCUUUGUAUUUUAAAUGAAACAUAUCGUAUCUGUGGUUUAGGUGACAGGUCAGAAGGGAUUCUCACGAAGGAAACAUCAUCUCUACCAACUGACUUUUAGUGAGUUUCUCUUAAAAGAAUAUUUCAUCCCACAAAUGACCAUUUGUAUAUUAAUUACACACUCUGUUUUAUGUUAAAUCCUAGAAGAAAACUUUUCUCACAUUCUUCUGGUAAAUGGCAAAACCAACAACUGAGAAAAUGCAUAAUGAAU